CUCCUCGCCGGCCUCAACGUCGCCGCCCCCCUCCUCGCACCACCCUAUUCUGUCCCUAAUAUGUUGUCAAGACGAAUUAUUCUUAUUGCGCGCGGGCGUGCUCUCGCUGCCAGCCGCGCCGAGGCCGCUGUAAUGUCGAAAGGCUGGAAGGUCGCCAGCACGUACACGCAGCGCGCGAAAUUCCACUCGACGAACCUCCUCCAAGCCGAGACCGUGAAGGUCCCCCAGAUGGCCGAGUCUAUCUCGGAGGGCACGCUCAAGUCAUGGCUCAAGCAGCCCGGUGACGCCGUCGAGGCAGAUGAGGAGGUUGCGACCAUCGAGACCGACAAGAUUGACGUCUCUGUCAACGCACCGGCCGCUGGCCGUAUCACCGAACUCUUGGCAAGCGAGGAGGACACCGUCAGCGUCGGCCAGGACCUGUUCCGCUUCGAGCCCGGAGCAGCUGGCGAGGCUCCCGCGCCGAAGGAGCAGAAGUCCGAGGAGGUGAAGGACUCCUCAGAGCCUAAAGACCAGCAGGUCGAGAAAGGCACACCUCCCCCGCCCGCACCCUCGCCCGAGCAGAUCCGCAAACCCGACGACGCCGGCGUGCAGGAGGGCACCGCGAAGAAAGAGGUCAAGGAGACGUCGAAGCCCGCGCCCGCGCCGAAGAAGGAGGCGAAGGAGCAGCCCGCGCCCGCCCCGCGCGUGCCCGGGAGCCGGAACGAGACGCGCGUGAAGAUGAGCCGGAUGCGCCUGCGCAUCGCGGAGCGCCUGAAGGAGUCGCAGAACGCGGCGGCGUCGCUGACGACGUUCAACGAGAUCGACAUGUCGAGCGUGAUGGAGAUGCGCAAGAAGUACAAGGACGAGGUGCUGAAGGAGCACGACGUCAAGCUCGGCUUCAUGAGCGCCUUCGCGAAGGCGUCGUGUCUCGCCCUGAAGGAGAUCCCGGCCGCGAACGCGUCGAUCGAGGGCGACGAGAUCGUGUACCGCGACUACGUCGACCUCAGCGUCGCGGUGGCUACGCCGAAAGGCUUGGUCACCCCUGUUGUGCGGAACGCGGAGUCGAUGAGCUUCGUGGACAUUGAGAAGGAGAUUGCGGCGCUUGGCAAGAAGGCGCGUGAUGGGAAGCUCACUCUGGAGGACAUGUCGGGCGGCAGCUUCACCAUCUCCAACGGCGGUGUCUUCGGCUCGCUAUACGGCACGCCGAUCAUCAACCUCCCGCAAGCCGCCGUUCUCGGCAUGCACGCGAUCAAGGAGCGCCCUGUGGUGGUCAACGGCCAGAUUGUCAUCCGCCCGAUCAUGGUUGUUGCACUCACGUACGACCACCGCCUCCUCGACGGGCGGGAAGCAGUCACGUUCCUCGUCAAGAUCCGCGACUACCUCGAGGACCCGAGGAAAAUGCUCCUUGCCGCAUAAUCCUGUCGGUCAUCGCGUGGAGGGGCGGGCGAGCACUUCUGGCGAGAGCCGUGCGGACUGGACUGUUGUUCAAACGUAGGAAUGUAAUUCGAUUGCUUUGCUUUCCCGUCUCCAGCCGCCCGUUCCCUGCGCGUGUUCUCUGUUGUGCCCAAUCGUCGUUGCGACCCGGGGAGUUCUGUAACGUAUGUUUCUCGCGUUCUACCUACGAUUUGUUAGCUAUCCUAGACUUCUUGUGUUCAGCUUCCCCUCAUUCUUGUAAUCUCCCUGAGCUAUAUAGAACAUUCACG